CCACCCACAUUCUCGUGUCGCUUCCGGGUGGCCACACACUACUCAUCCAGCGAGCCGUCGUUAUCAUAACGCUGUAAACAAAAGUUACUGAACGGUUUAGCUUCCGCGACACGUUAAACGAAAAGACAUGCAUAUCAAAACAGGUACAUGGGAAGCCAGCAACACCGUGUGUGAGUCCGAUACCCUGUGUGACCCAGCAGUCCUUGUCGCAACCACCAACUCAGAGCCCCAUAUUCGCAACCGUCGUCUGUCUCCUGGCUCCGGUAACUGUGGAGGUGGUGGGGGCGGCUGCAUCUCUAGUGGUGACCAACAGCCCCGGCAGCUCUCCCCCGAAGGCGACCUCAUUGGCCACACGCACACCUUCAGCUUCCGCAGGGAAAAAGAACGCAAAGGCCAGCAGCACAAAGGCCGCAGCCUCCGCAGGGAAACUCAGAAGGGCGUUAGCCGAAUAAGCGAGCGGCCACAAAAGGUUAACCAAAAGGAGAGGUGGGUGGAGGACAGUCUGUCGCUGCUCAAGCCCCCACCCGCCUUCCCAGUGCAGGACAGCCCCGCCAAGCUGCAGCCCGCCGUCAGCUACGCCUCCAAGGUGAAGGCGGGAGCGGCAAGCGGCGGGCUGGAGGAGGACCGCCCCGCCAUCGGCGUGCUGCUACAGAACCAGUGGGGUCUCAGUUUCAUUAGUGAAGCGAGGCCAGCCACGGAGGGCUCCGGCCCGCGCCCCGCAGCCAACGCCCUCCCUCCCCAGCCCACAGACGGCGAACAGUCAGCAGAGCUACAGUUCGAGGCAAUUCUCACAGCGCAGCCUCCCGAAGAAUCGCCUAUUCCAGUCGCUACCUCCGUCACCCCCAGCACACGCCCAGAGGUGGACGAGAGCAACGGGAAGCUGCUGCUUAGUUGUCGCCAUCUAGUGGAGGCUUUGAACUAUCACAGUAGAGAAUGGAACGCUACCUGUAACAAACAGAAAAAAGUUCCAAAAAAGGUGGUCUGGUACAAGGACACCCAGGAACACCCAGCCUAGCAGUGUGAGAAACCAAAGCAUACAUAAACACAUAUACAGCACACCUACAUGCACAUUAAAACACGUAAAGAUGGACAAAUUUAUGAGUCCCGUUCACACACACUGCACUCAGGAUGAUGUCUUCACGCAAAGCCACACUGAGACACUUUGGACUAACUCCUUUGAGAUCUUACAGCAAUGGACUUUUUUAACGCCUUACAGAAAGCCUGCCUUAAUUAAUCAGACCUGUUUCCAUCGCCUCUCAUUACCAUUUUUAGCUUGUAUGUGUAGAGCUGGUCUUUUUUUUUUUUUUUUUUAAACAAUCUCCAAGGAGCUGUAAUUUAAUCCUCUUCCUUUUGAAAGCUGCAUUUUAUCACUUUGUCCUCUGUAAAG